CACACAUUCAAGAUGAAAUCAGAUCUGAAAUAUGCGAGUGAACAACAUGAUGACAACAAAUGGAAACAUUUUAGCAACAACGGCUCAGGAACAGACGGCGUUUAUGAGCCUGCACGUCGAGACGAUGUCGGCUCAUGACCAUGUUUAACCUCUGACAUCAGAACAGGAAAUAAAUAACAGAAAACCACAAAAAGCAUCAUAUGUCCCUUUAAACACAGCUUAACAAGUGUUAGUUGCCAGGUUGUGAUUCUUUGUGUUUAGUGAGUUAUGUUGAUACUUUACCCAGAAACACUUUUGGGUUUCUCACUUUCUAACAAACCGUCUCCAGUCUGCAGCUGCACAUGUUGUUAAUAAAUGGAUUUUAGACUCUGCAGCUCUUUUCUAAAAGUUCCAAAACAGACAAUUAAGGACUCUGCGUGAUGAAUUAAAGGGCCACUAAAAAAGACAACAGACAUUUAAUCUGCAACAACUUUUAUAAUCUGUUAAUCCAAAAUCACUUUUAAGCAAAAUGUUUUAAAUUCUUUGGUCUCAGCUUAUAUUUUGUGUCAUUGAUCAGGAAUCUGAACAUCUUUGGACUCUUUCUCCGCCAAUCAAGACAUCUGAAGGCAUCACAUUCUGCUCUUGGAAUUUUAAAAAAUAUUUUCUGACAUUUUAUAGGGCAAAAAAAAUGAAUGAAGGAAAAUAAUCGAUAGUGAAAGUUGCAGCCCUGGUGGAGGUGUGAGCUCUCUGGGUCUUUUUUCCUUUUUUUAUAAGAACAGUCCGGUCACUGUAAUGACGCAAAAGAGAGAGAGAGAGAGAGAGAGAGAGAGAGAGAGAGAGAGGGAGAGACUCGGGUCUCAGCAUCUCGCCUCCUCAGUGAGCGUCCUGCUCUCUGACAGUGAACCGUCUUGUGUCGGUGAGGCUGGAAGGUUUCAGAUGUGACGCUGAAGUAGAUGGAAGAUCAUAUUUAUAAUUUACGUCUCUCUCUCUCUUUUCCCGCGGAGGAUCCGGACCACCUGUCACUUCUCUGCGCUCUGAGGACAAACCGGCAGAAAGAGGAGGAAAGAGGAGACGCGCGUAAUUCCUCUGUGCGUCUUUUCCGCGCCAUGCCUCUUCUCCUCUGAUCCUGCCUCCGUCUGCCGCCUUUCUUGGAUGAACUUUCUCGCCGCAUGCGGUGACGCGGCCGCUCGCACUGAGAUCAUGAAGACGACGCGGAAAUGUCGCGCGCUGCUGUCGGUGGGUCUGAACCUGGUGGCCCUGUUCUUCUCCACCACCGCCUUCAUCACCACGUACUGGUGCGAGGGCACCCAGCGCGUCCCCAAGCCCAACUGCAGCAAGCAGCGGCGCCACAACUGCAUCGACUACGGCGUGAACGAGACGGACCAGAACAAGGUGCACUACAGCUGGGAGACCGGGGACGACCGCUUCCUCUUCCGCCGCUUCCACACGGGCAUCUGGUACUCUUGCGAGGAGAACAUCCACGGGGCAGAUUCACAUAUUUAUUUCAGUUUCAGCUGGCACCUAGCUAACAAGAUGGAGGAUUUGGUUGACAUCCAGGGUGGAAUCAGGCAAGGUCAAAACCAAACCAAAACAAAUCCAACAAGGGACAGUCAAGGAAUCCAAGGUCCAGAAAGAAGGCAAGUAGGGUCAAAACAGGCAGGUGAGAAGUGUCGGAGCUUCAUUGAUCUGGCCCCGGCGUCGGAGAGAGGUGUGCUGUGGUUGUCGGUGGUGUCGGAGGUGCUUUACAUCCUGCUGCUGGUGGUCGGCUUCAGUCUGAUGUGUUUGGAGCUUUUUCACUCCAGCAACGUCAUCGACGGACUCAAACUGAACGCCUUCGCCGCCGUCUUCACCGUUCUGUCCGGUCUUCUGGGGAUGGUGGCCCACAUGAUGUACACUCAAGUGUUCCAGAUCACGGUCAGUCUGGGUCCUGAAGACUGGAGGCCUCACAGCUGGGACUACGGCUGGUCCUUCUGCAUGGCGUGGGGUUCCUUCACCUGUUGCAUGGCCGCCUCCGUCACCACCCUCAACUCCUACACCAAGACGGUGAUCGAGUUCCGCCACAAGCGGAAGCUGUUCGAGCAGGGUCUGCGCGAGGAGCAGAACUACCUGGACCAGGAAGCUUUCCACUACUUCCGGGACCGCUCCCUGCAGUCCAUCUCCAGCACCGUGGAGGUCUACCCCGGCCACGGCGGCAUGAGUGGAACCAGAGCUGGGCUUGUUGUUGGGGGGCCAGGUCCCGGUCCUGGACCGGGUCCAGGUCCGGGUCCCGGUGCAGGACGAGGCCAAAUGAGAGCCACGUCAGCAUCCAUAGACCUUGGAGAGAACACAGACUCGCUGGGGGAGGAGCAGUGUUGAGAAGGGUUAUGAGGGAUAAGAUAAUGAGGCGGACUGCUCCUUUAAGUCUGGACCUGGCAACAGGUUUUGCCGUCAAACACGAAAGCACAGCAGCCCUUAUUUUCUGUUAGAAGAUUAUUAACAGAACUGAGACUUGAGGACGACAUGUAGAGGAAGCAUCAGUGAAAUGAAUAAAAGUAGACUGAUAUGUUCUCUAUAUAUACGAAAUGAAAAUCUAUACAAAGUGUGAAAAAAGAUGUUUGACUUUGAGAUCUGUGAGUUAAGAUUCUUUGAGGAUGGAAAGCCGGAGUUCUCCGGCAUAUUUCAAGGUGCUAUGUGUAGUAUUUUAAUAUCACUAAAGGCGUUUUCACAUCUGCGCUUUGUAGUUCGGUUGAAUUGGUUCGUUUUCCCCCUCGGUGCGAUUCAUUUAGGCAGAUCUGAACACAGUAAUCGCACACGGGACCAAACCAACCGCACAGAGACCCUUUGGGAGGUGGUCUCGGUCUGGUCCCAGAUGAAUUCUGAAGUGGUUCGUUUCUGGUGGGAACAUGAUCCGACCCAACUACUAGGUGUACUCUGCGAGUUUGAACGUAUUCAGCUGGCUUGCUUGAUGCGAUUGCUUGUUUUGGUUUGCUUGGACUUUUCUCUGCGUGAAAGGAAAGAGGAAAACGCACCAAGUUCACCAACUCAUCCACUGAUUCAGACCAGAGCAUACAAACUUUAGGUUUAAAAAUGCCCUAAAUCAAGUCUGAAACAUUAAAUACUGUUACAUUUGCUGAAGAGCAGCCACUGUGUCCAGAAGUGAGAAUUACAGUAUAUGCUAAAAAGUAGCGUAAGAGUAGCACAAGUAGAAGACACUAAUAAAGUCAGUGAUGUGACUCAGUUAUGUCAAUAACGCAGCAAUAUCUAUCUAAUGUUUGCUAACAUUAGCCACCAGAAGCUACUGGUCAUACCAGACCAAGUCAAGCUGCAGGGUUAC